AUGGGUUCCCUUACUGAGUUAUUUGACUGCAGUGAAUUCAUUGCUUUUUAUAAGCGAAAUGAACAAAACAAAAUUAAUUUAUUUACUGUUUUUGAUGAUCCAGAGAUAAAAAGACGAUACGACAAAGGGUUGAAGGUUAUUGAAGAGCUACCAGAAGAUGAAGUCGCGAUGGUUAUUCUGAAUUUAGGAAUUGAAAGGAAUUUAAGUAUGCGAGCUUUACCUAGCAACAAAGCUUCACUUAUAAUGUUGUUUCGAUUAUUAAAUCUGCAUAUAAUCUCAAGAGACAUUGAUUAUGACGACCCACUGACAGUUAAUAAUUAUGUUACUGUUUCUGCUUUAAUAGCUCAUAAGAACUUUAAACUCUCCUUUGAAGAAAUAGAUGUUGAACCUGUCGAGUUUUUUAAGAGGUACACCGUGGUUUUUAAGUUAUGUCAACUCCCGUGGAAUAUGAGUUGUAAUGUGUCUGCCACCUUAAAGAUUGAUGUCAAUUCAACAUUAUUGUCAGAAACCACUAAUACAAAUAUCGGAUUUAAUAGCAGAAAAUUCUUCUAUAAUGAAAAAAAAAAUAUAUUCUUCAGGGAUUAUGGUUUUUUUUACCCUAUGGCAAAUACGGAAGAUGUACAUAAUUCAAUUGAUCAAUCCAUUUUUGAUGUUCAACCAAAUAAAAUUCCAUCAAUUGUCGAUUUCACAUAUCCAUUCAUAUCAAAUAAAGACAAAUUACAAUCGGAAGUUGAAUUCGAGUUAAGAUGCGUCUUACAAAUUGCUAAACUUGUAUUUGUUAAUUUUAAGGAUAUCAAAUUUGUGAAAGAGACGAAUACAUUGGAGGUGCUAAACAUCAGUACACAGUCAACACCAGACAUUAUUAUGUCAUUCAACAACAAUAACAACCAGAAAAUCACUAUCCCUAUAGAAAUUAAGAGAGAUAAAAUGAUGAAAAAAUUCAUUGAUUUUGUGAAAUCCAGAGAUAAGAGUAUCCUGGGAUCAAAAUCCUUUGUGCAAUAUUACUCUCAGGCGUUUCAUCAGUCAUUCACAUUGAGAAGCAAUUGUUUUGUGAUGACUGACGGUUUAAAUGCCAUAGGAAUUGUUUCUGACCACCAAGCAUUAGAUACUGACAAUGUAUCAAAUUUACGAGGAAUAAAAUGCAAAAUAUAUUACCAUGAUUGCGUAAAUUCAAAGUUAUCGUUGCCAUUGUUUAUCCUUAAUUUUGCAUUAACAUUUGCUACUAAUACUUCCCCUGAAAUUAUAAAAGCAUUUGAGAAAACACUAAUCAUUUCAGAAGAUCAAAAAAGUCAUCUUAUACGAAAGCAGUAUACCUUAUUAGAUGGUUUGAGAGAUAUAUUGAUAAAAGUACCUAACAUAAACGAAAGUUUCAGAUCUUCAGAGUUCAUGACCUUGACAAGAAGUAAUACCAAUGUAUUCAACAAUUUUGCUUCAGAUAAGAAUAGUACCUCAAGCGCUGAUAGUUCAACUGAUCAGGGAGCUUCUUCAGCUCCGAGUAUGGUCCAUGAUAUUUCGAGUGAAGACAUUCAGUUAUAUUUGCUGGGCCUCAAUACUUAUGAAAAUGAUAUUUUCAACUUGGUAGGAGUGAAGCUUCCAUUAGACAACUUCUCAAGAUUGAUAUCUGGGUUUGAAAUCUUCGAUUUAAGUUCUAUAAAAAUUAAGUCAAUAAUUAGUGGUAAGCUUAUUGGACAUGAUUAUUCUGUUGUAUUCGAAGAUGAAGACGGUGAUAUUAUCAAAGUGUUCGAUCCUGUGAGGUGCAGGGUCGAAUCAACCAAUAAAUAUACUCCCUUUAAAGACAGAAUAAAAAGGUCGUAUGACCUUUUUAUUCGGGAGACUAUGGCAUAUGAAUUUUUAUCACCUAAGUUUAACGCUAUGGCAACGCUAAAACAAGUUGGAUUUAUCAGCAAUAACUUAAACAAAUAUAUUGAAGUAGGUGAUAAACUAUCUGUUGGAGGGUUUUUUAUAAAGUUAUCCAAGAUAAAAGGGGUAACUUUAGAUUGUAUCGACAUAGAUGAGGAGGUAGAAGAAAAAUUAUGGGAACUUAUGAAAAAUCUCCAUGGGCUCCACUUUAGCCAUGGAGAUAUUCAUGAGAACAACUUUAUGAUUGAAGAAUUGAGUGGAGAAAUAAAAAUAAUAGAUUUUGGUAUGCUGGACCAGGGAUAUUAUCGUGGUAAUAAUGAUUCUACCUUUCCUGAUACAGUCCCACGAUUUGAUAAAAGGGUGAUGUGGGAUAAAGAAAAUCUUGAAAAAAUGAUUGCAAUAUCUAAAAAACGAAUGUCUAAAAAUCGUAAAUUAUCUUAG